ACAACACAUGAUGUUUUAGAACUAUCAUUUGACCGUAUUAUUGAGUAAGUCGGCGGAUGUUGUCACAUUUUGACACUUGUUGAUAUCAAGAAGUACACAUUUCUCAGUCUAAUUGACCAUCCCAAUGUCAAGGCCAGAAGACCGAGAUCCAAUCCUGCCUAAUGCUCCACCCCCGUACACCCAGCCACAAGAGAAUGCAGGGGCCACUGUCCCCAAUGAACCACCCCCCAAAUAUGAACCUCCUAAGGGGGAAUACCCAGCGACAUACCAGGGUGGAUACCCACCUCAAGGAGGAUACGCAGGACAAGCAGGUGGAUAUCAAACAACUCCACCUUCAGUCAUAUUGGUGACGACACAAUUUGGGCCCCACUCCCAGCAGCUGCAGUGCCCUCACUGCAUGGCCCAUGUCAUGACCAACACGGACUACCAGGCCGGCGGACUCACCUGGCUGGCGGCAGGACUCAUCUGUUUGUUUGGGUGCUGGCUGGGGUGCUGCCUUAUUCCCUUCUGUAUCAACGAUCUGCAAGAUGUUCACCACACCUGUCCUAACUGUAAUCGCUUGGUGGGGGUGUGUAAACGCCUUGACUGAGAGACCAACACAUGACCAAACAGGGAACUGAUGCUUAUCAUAAUACAACAGUUGCAAUACAGUGGAUAGGGGAAUUCAUGAAGCCAGGGUGUGUUCAAGACAUACUGACAUAAGUGUUUUCAUACUAGGGGGUAUAGGAGCUGCAGGAAUGGCCUAGGGAAUUUCAUACUAAGAGGUAUAAGAGCUGCAGGAAUGGUCCCGGAAUUUCAUAUUUAGAGGCAAUAGGAGGUUCAGGAAUGGCCUAGGGAAUUUCAUACUAAGAGGUAUAGGAGCUACGGGGAUGGCCUAGGGAAUUACAUAUUAAAAGGUAUAGAAGCUACAGGAAUGGUCUGGGCAAAUUCAUACUGCAAGGUAUAAGGGCUGCUAGUAUGGCCUAGGUAUGUUCAUAUUUGUACUAAGGGCUAUUGGAGCUGAAUGACUGGCCUAUGUAUUUUUACAAUAGAAGAUACAAGGGCUGAAAUACUUAAAAUGACAACUGCCCUUUGAGUCUGGUCUGAUGUAACAUGUUUUAUUUGGAUUAAACUCUCUUGACAAGGGACACGUUAGUACUUAACCCACUCAGCCACUGAUGAGACUUUCUAUUGUAUCUGUAACUAAAUAUUGUGAUAAUGCAUCAGUUAACUGCUACACCACAGAUGGGAGGAAAUUUUAAGGUUACAGUCAUUUCUAGAUGGUCAAUCCUGAGAAAAAGCAUUUCAUCAUAUUAUUCAAUGUAAUUGUUUUGUUUGAUUAUGAACUUUGAUGUGAUCGGUAUCCUGAAGCAAGUGGCCUGUGAUGUAUGUUCUCUCAUCAUACCUGCAUGUAAAGGUAACCUUUUUGUGAUGCUAUACUAGGUUCUUUCAUAACCAGUCAGUUUAUGAUGUGAAACAAACCUUGCUGUUACCACAAUUUCAAUUUCGAUUGGCAUCCCUCAAAAGUGAAUAGAGGGCGGUGGGGUAGCCUAGCGGUUAAAGUGUUCAUUCAUCACGCCAAAGACCUGGGUUCGAUUCCCCAUAGGGUACAAUGUGUUAAACCCAUUUCUGGUGUCCCCCGCCAUGAUAUUGCUGGAAUUGCUAAAAGUGGCAUAAAAUCAUACUCACUCACUCACUCAGAAGUGAAUUACAAAACCAUGGUUAUGAAGCUCAAGAACCUGACAAAGUAUGACAUUAUAGAGAGGUUGUAUAUGUAUAUACUCAAACACUGUUCAUAUUUGAUAUGGUAAUGGGUUAUCUUCAGGGCAGUAAUGGUUCAUCCAAUGAUUGGAGAAUGUUUAAUAUCAGGAACAUAAAUAAUGUAUAAAACGUUUUUGACAUUCUAUGGAAGUCUCAUCAGUUCAUUCUUAAGCUUUAAUUUUGAUGACUCAAAUUAACUUGUUUUGCUCUUGUAUGGUUUCUAAUCAUACCGUGAGAUAAUGAAAGAUCAAUCUUUAACAUGACUUUGAGUUUUCAUAUUGUCAUGCAUGGUAUCUUGCCAUCUCCUGAAUUGACCAAAGGUGAAACAUUGCAGCCCUGGACAUCUUUCAUAUGUUCAUUUUACCAAAGUUGAAACUGAAACUGAAGUUGAUUUAUGAUGUAGAACAUUUGUGGCUUAAUCCUCCAGUGUCUGUUUGAGAUAUUUUAUCUGUUUGUGCUGGAAAUCUAUCGUUAUCUUGCUCGAAUAUACCUUUACAAGGUAUUUUCAGAAAAGUCUGGUUGUAACAUAUGGAUGCAGGGAUUUAUCUAGUAUUCCAAAAUAAAUGCUUUUGGUAAAGCUGCUGGUAAAAGAUGUCAUUUUGUGCAAAAUAUCUUUUUAUGUUUAAAGAGGCCUUUUUACAUUGUAUUUUAAUAUGAUGUUAAAUUCCUAUCUUUUGGCCCUUUAGACAUUGAUUUCAAGUCAGGGUGAUAUAUUGGUUGUAAAUGGAUUCACAUUGAUGGGGCUUUUUGAUUCCCGCUAGUAUUUUGUUGAUAUUUUUCUACAGACUUUGUUCUGAAUAUUGGUGUCUAAACAGGCCUAGAUAAAUCCCUGGGACUAUUGCAAGAUAACUACAAUUGACUAACAGACUAGUGGUAAUGUGCAAUGGUUGCAGGCAAUACGUUUUUUGUUCUUGAAGAUGGAGACAUGUUGACUGACACACAUUCCUGUGUUAGAGUGGAGUAGAAGGGUGGCAUGCUUUUCAUUCUAUUUUGUCCACCCAAUUUCACUAUUCUUUGAAGUGUAAAAAACAAAAAUAAGUGCAAUAUUGGGGACCUUCCAAGAAAUGUACUGUAAUACUCACUGCUUGCUGAGGACAACAAGGACUAAAUGUGCUUACUUCAGUCUUUAGCAACUAUUGAAUGGUAUAGUUGCCAGAAAUUGGAGUGAGACUUUUACCACAUUUAUGAUUUUCAUGUUAUUUUUGUAGGUGCUCUAGGAGGUACAGGGGUCUUUCAUUGUUUAUUGUAUGUAUAUUUUGUAGUGGAAAUAAAAACAUUUUGCUUGUGUUGAUGCUAUGGAAUUCCACAAUAACGUGCCUUACAUUGCCCUAAAGUAUGUGCAAUUUGUAUGUUAUUUCAAAUUCUUUGUUUUAUGGAAUUCUGAACUUUUUUCAUGUACAUUAAGUUAACAUGGCUGGAGUCUUUGAGACAGUUUUCACUGUUUACCUGUGAAAAUCAUUUAGAUUUAUUCAUGUUGAUGCAGAUGAAAGUUUAACUCAUGAAAGAGUGAAAACAUGAGUUUGCAAAAGAAACAUUAUAUGCUCAGACAAGUGGUUGUUUUUCUUAUGGAAAUGAUGAAUGAUUUUAUCCACUUUGGCAAUGUUGUUUUUCUAAUUUGGUCAUUCAAGCUGUGAUUACUAUUUAAGUCAUUUCAGAGACAUAUUAGGCAACGGUGGUAUAAUCAGUUUUUUAAAUACAAGUAUCUUCCUUUGUGAAGAAUGACUUUCAUCAUAAAUAUUGGCACAAAAAUGCAACAUUGGUUUAAUGCAUUAUUCAAAGUCUAGUGGUGAUAUUUCAUCUAUUCAGUUCAGGAAGAGAAAUCCAGAAAAGAAAUCCUACCUAAGUUGAUGUGUAAACGUAGUCUACUUGUACAAGCAGGGAAUAACAGUAUUCCUGCAUGACGCUGUAGUCUCUAGCUGCACCAAGAAAGUAUUCUGUAUAUUACAUAGUUUCCAGUAUUUUGCAUGAAACAUGUUUACAAGACAUCUACAUUGUCUACUAUAGUCCUUUGUCUUAUAUCAUUUUGAAAUGAAUUUAAUGCUUGCUCUGUAUGCGUAAGUAUGAUAAACAGAGGAUACUAAACGACCUCCCAUGUAAUUCCAUUUUUAUUAAACGAGUCAAUGAUUUGGAGCAAAAGUGAGUUCGAUACUAAGUGUAACAAGUCUUUCACAAGUUUAGUAAGAAUGGUAUUUCACAGAAGCGAGUUUAGUAUUGUUUAUUACUCUCCAACAUAAAUUGAUAGAAACUGCCUACAGUUUGAUGACUCUCAGCUUUCCACGAGUCAAACAUGGUCUAAUACCAUUGUGACAGAGGUAUUAGCAUUGUGACGUCAUUACUGUAAACCAUUAUGGCGUCAUAUGUCUAGUGGUAUUACACUGGUGUAAUAUUGCCAUAAAAGUAUUCCACUGCAGUAUCUUCCGCGGGCGUGUAAUAACUAAUGAUAACGGUGCAACCAGAAGAUAUUUUUGCUUCGCUUUCCUGACACACCGGCUGUUGGUUUUGCAGGGCUGUUAUACUUCUGGUCAUUGGGUUUAAAACUGUACAGAGGUUAUGUGCUUGUCCCCAAAUGUCAAUUACAGAUGUCAUUGAAAGCAUCUGUCAUUGUAACAGGCUUCAGGCAUGCAGUUUUGUGAUUACAUUUUGUAAUUUCUGAUAAUUCAAGAUGUUUGAUGAUUUAAACAGGGUAAUCGUAAUAUUGUUCUAAUCAUCUCAACUGAAAAUGAUAUGUUUUGUCCUUCCUAUUUGAAUCCUGUUCCUAAAUAUAGUAUUAUGAACAGCAUUUGUCUACAUAUGUUACCUGUGAGACUGAAGUCACUGCAGACCAUGGAAGCUCUUGUCAUCCACACCAGUACCUGAAGUUUCGAGGUUGGAGAGACUGUAAUUAUGCUUGUUAAAAUCGGUUUUGUUUGAUGGACCAUGAGCAAUACUUUGUGGUUUUGUAUACUCAAUAUUCAACCAUCACUGAUGGAUGGUUUUAGAUGGGUAGUAAUGAUGCAUGUCUGUAUUUAGUCAAGUAAUGAAAUCAAGCUUUGUACGAUUCAUUUGUGUCUUACUGAAACCUUGAUCCGUGAUGUUGUGUCGGAAUUCACCUGUCUCCUUGUGCUUCUUUGGGUAAAGAUAGCUGCAGAACAUGUAUCUGUAUUCAUAGGUGAUUAGCGCACUUAGUGUCUACAGGCCUGUGAAGUAUUUCAGACCGUUUGUGAUGUUAAUGUGUUAGAUGGUGAAGAUUUAUGCCAUCAUACUGAGGAUCUCGAAGUCUUCCCAGAAAACAUAAUCUUGUGAAAGAUAACAUAUUGGAUCUUGUUUUCUUUUGAAUAAACAAAUAAACUUGACAAUUGUAGCCAUGAUUUAUCAUGUUUUACUGAUGUAAAAGAAAAUCCUGGCUCUCAGUAAGAUGCAUUCUAUGUGAUGAUGAAUUGUGAUUUCUCUUGAAUGAAAACAAAAUGUCCCUGCUUGUUUUGAAGCUUUACAUGUUAGUUCAUGAUUUUCUGUUUGUGUUGUGAUGUUUUCAGACCGAUGCUAAUUCUUCAAAGAUAUUCCUGCUAUGUCUUGCUUUCGCUGACACAGUUUAUGUUAGCUAGGCUUAUAUAUGACUUUAAUUGUUUUGCAACAAUUGAUUUAUCUUUAACUGUGAUAGCUAUGAUGGUUUCUGCUUUUCUGACAUAAUAAGAUCUGUUUUUCUAACAAAUGUACCAUAUGACAAUGGUUUAGCUUGGCUCACAAACACUUUUAUUCUUGUAAUUAAAUUAAACCAUUUACCUUCAA